UGGUGUGUGUGUGUGUGUGUAUGUGUGUGUGUGUGUGUGUAUGUGUGAUGUGACAACCAAAAUGCCCCCCACUGAGAACCAGGUGUGCCAAGGAAGUCAGAACUUCCCGGUGUCUCCCAGUCACUCAUGCAAAGCAGUCAUUUGUAAAAUGAGGCCUCCUGUCUAGUUCAGGGGAUCCUGGGCACAGCCAAGGCACAUCACAGAUGGCUUUGGAUGACCUAGAGGACUCCCUGAGUCUGUUAAUAGUUGACAGUGACAGACUCACAUGUCAGGGGAAAGGGAAGACACUUAUUCAAAGCAAAUGGACGCACAUCAGAAAAAAAAGACCCCAACAUGGUUUCCCACCCCACCUCCUACCCUCAGGACUUGGUGUGUGAGUCUGGUCCCUUCAAUGUCCAGUGGACAGCUCCCCACCCCUAUCCCAGCCAGUGAACCAGCCGUGCCUUUGCCUGGGUAAAAGGACUUCAUUUCCCUGUGCUGCCAUAGCAACCAGGAAACAACCUCCCUCCACAAAGGGAAGGAUGGUGCCUUGGCCCGGAUUUGCAGAUGCACGCGGCCUGUAGCAGAGCAACCAGGUCUCAGGGACAACAAGGACUCAGGGGAGCAGAGCACACACAGCCUGCUGUCUGAGGGCCUUACGGUCUGGUUCUUCUCUCCACAAAGAUGCACUCUGUCUAAACUGUGUGCCUGCCUGUUACUGGGUUUCUCUACGAGGGGAAACAGAUUUCAUAAAAGGCCCAAUGUUCAUGGUCUCUUUUGGUUUGCUGUUGAGCUUUGGAAACCCUGAGGUGUGACCAGUUUUCAGCCUUCAAAACCGAGAUGAACUGCCCUUGAGAGGGAGCAGUCGGGGAGGAAUCAUGUUCACCCUCUCUCUCCUGAGCCGGGGACACGGGAAGUUGGUCCAGAAUAAACAGAAGCUGGAAGUCUAUUUUGAACCAGAGGACUAUUUGAACUGGAAGUCCCCAGAAGACUACGUCCUGGUCAGUAACCCCCGGGAUGGGGACAGUGCCAGCCAGCACUCCUGGAGCCUCUUACUUCCUAAGACCUUCAGCACAAGAAAGGGAGCGCUGAUCCUCUACUCAGAGGGGCUGGCUGUGUCAGCGUGGCCACCCAAAGAGAGGAGAAGAGGUCACAGGAAGAAGCCAGACCUUGAACUGCACACGCUUCAAGACCUCAAAGAAGCCAUUUUGGCAUACGGAAGGAGACAGAGGGAGCAGGACAGAGCCUGGCAACCUUACCUCUACUUCCGAAGCAAGUCAAAGAGCCAGACCCAACGGCAGAUCCAGCCUGGGUACUCGGCCAAGAGAUACCUCCGAGGCCUUUUGCGGACAUGGUCUCCUGCUACGGUGUACAGGCUCCAGUGUGCAGGACACAUCAAGGAUUCUGUACUGCUCCAGGACAGUCAGCUUGGGGUACCCAAGAAUCUCAGGCCACACCAGGAUCUUUCGGGUGUUCCCCCCAAAUACCAUCUCCUGCCUGUCUUCCCUUCCUUUUGGAUUCAACAGAGACCAUCUUAUGAACAAGGCCUCAGUGUCCUCAUUUAUAAAACUGAGUGGCCACACCAGUACACUUCAUCGGCCCGCAUUAUUCCCAAGACCACUUCAAACCAGAGUACCCUUCAGGCAGAGGAAGCGGGUCGGGGAGAGAUGUCCCCCAACCCCAGGCUUUUGACGCUGGAGCCAGUGACCCCAAGGAUGAGAAUGAUGAAGGCCGGGGGAAUCCAGAGCAAGGCAGCAGCCCUGCCUCCCCGCAUUGGACAGAGGGAAGCCCAAGCAAACCCCCGGGACACACCCACAAACCCCAAGCUGACCCACACUGUGACCUUUGCAGACCAACAGGGCCUGGAUGAAGGGGGAAAUGGGACUCGUGCACACGUGGACCAGAGCCACAGCCAUCGGUGGACUCACAUGACGCCACUCAGGAAGCAGCAGCCGCGGCAGGAAGACGAAACCCGAGCCGAGGACACAUCGACAGAGAGCCACCUCCGUGCCCACGCUUCAGAGGAAAGUCACAAUGCAGAGGCUCGGCAAGUCUCCAGGCAGGCCCUUGGGUGUGCCCGCCUGGGUCACCUUCAGCUUCCUCGUGACAACUCCCUCUACACGUUCUCCGGCGGUGCCUUCCCAGAUAAACGAGGGAACACGAAACCCCACAAGGCCAGAGGCGGCUGCUUGUCACGGGAGCCUCCUGCUGAAAGCCUUUUCCCUCCAAUAGCAUCUGCCACGGGCUCAGAACAAAGGACGUUUGGGGAAACAAAGAAAAAGGAGGCACCAAAGGCUCUGAAAUUGCCUCCUGUUUCAGAAGAACCCCCCAGAGUCCUCAACCUGAGGAGCCGACUUAAGGCCGAUGAACCCCCAAUGGAGCUCUUCAUUAUCCCAAUGGAGAUUCAUUUCCAUGCCCCACAGCCCCCCAAAGAAAAGGCCUGCAGAGGAGCUGCUCAGCACCCUGAAUCAGAUCCAGAACCAGAAGAGGCCACGCCUCUAUGGCGGCCUGCCCUGAAGCGGCUGUACUUAGAAAAGCCAAGGGGCAUCACGGUGCAUCUCCCGGUGGCCAGUGGCCAGGACACACCCUCACCUCAAGGAGAUGGUGAUAGCCUGGCCAAGGGUGAGGACCAACCACUGCACCUCCCGCCCCCAAAUAAAGGGGAAAAAAGUCCAGAGAUCUGGAAGGACAUGGACAGCUCCAGGACAUCAGCCUGCAACAGUCCCACAGGUCGCUCAAAUGAGGGGGCACUGCCAGCAAGACCAGACAAUUCCAGAGACCCCACACUGGGACACUUCGUGCGGAGUCCAGAUGGUGAAAACGUCUGUCUGUCGCUCGAGGAGCUCACGGGAACAGAGGCGCUGCCACAGGGACAAGCAAACACUGAAUCCAGAACCAGUCUUCAUCGAGAUCAUUAUGAAGCCUCCUCACCUUUGACUCAAGCAACAGAGACUCAGGAACAUGGAGAUGAACCUGACUCACAUGAAGAACCGGGAGGACCCCAUAGAGGGAAUGAUGAAGACGGCCAAGACCCAGAGCCAGGGAGCAUGACCCUUGACUCCCUCAGUACUCCUGCGGCUGAGCUCAAUCGGACCUCCGAGGCUAACACCGUGAAAAGCACGGACGGAGAUGACGAUGUGCACCGCCUGCACAGAGGACUGCUAGAACGCGAGCCGGCAUCCCCAGAGAAGCUGGGUUCUGAGGCUGCAUCUCUUCCUCCAAGAAGAAAAAAGAAGAAGAAACUGGAUCCAAAACUGUCCGACCAGCAGAACUCAGCUGCCAUCAGUCAUGGAAGGGAUUUGGUUGACAAGCCUGAGAGGAAGAAAAAAACCAAGACAGACAAGGCCAGAGCCCCCAGAACAGAGAGAGAAGGGCGGGCCCUGGGGCGAGCCGAGGCUGCUGGAGGGAAGUCAAAGGAUUCAAAAACUGAAAAGAAAUCAGGGCUGAUUCCAAAAGAAAAGAAACCAGGCACCAAGAUGAAGAGGGCACACAGAGAAAGGGACGGGGAGACGGCAGCAGAGCGGGGCGAGCCCGAGGACGCAGGUGGCACCUCAGAGGGAGGGCUCCUCCGCUCACACUCUGCCGCUGAGGACCCUUGGCUUUCUCCUGAAUAUGAUGCUCUGGAGAGCCAGGUGUCUAUAGAUGGAAGAUCAUCACCCACACAGGCCAUGGGUGUCGCUACCAACAUGGAAUCUGAGGAAGAGAGAAGCCCCGAGGACGCUUCCAAGGCCCUCCUGGAUAAGAGGCAGCAGGAGAAGGCUUCUCGAGACAGAAUUCGCAUAGAGAGGGCCGAGAUGAGGUGGCUGGAGGUGGAGCGGAGCAGAAGGGAGCAGGAAGAGCUGACCCGGCUCCAUAAGGAGCAGCUGGAGAGAGCGGAGAAGAUGAAGGAGGAGCUGGAACAGGAGCAGCAGAGGCGCAUUGAGGAGAUCCGCCUGAGAAAGCAGAGACAGGAGGAAGAGCGGCAGCGGCAGGAGGGCGAGAGGAAGCGGAGGUUCCAGCUGCAGGCGGCCCAGGAGAGAGCCCGGCAGCAGCAGGAGGAGCUCCGGAGGAAAAUGCAAGAACUGCAGAGGAAAAAGCAGCAGGAGGAGUUGGAGAGGGCUGAGGCCGAGAAGCAACGGCAGAAGGAACUGGAAAUGCAGUUCGCAGAAGAACAGAAACGCCUGAUGGCAAUGGCCGAGGAAGAGCGGCUGGAGUACCAGAGGCAGAGAGAAGAAGCGGAAGAGAAGGCUAGGCGGGAGGCCGAGGCGAGGAGGCAAGAGGAAGAGGCGGCAGCGAGGCUGGCGCUGGAGGAAGCCGUGAAGCUCGCCCAGGAGCAAGCCAGGCAAAAAGCUGCUUUGGAGAAACACCUUCAUUUUCAACAAGAACUUAAAGAAGCCAGUGGUCUGCAGUGGACACAGAGCAUCUCCAGACCGUGGGUCUACUCCUACUUCCGGUUCCUACGAAUCCCCAAGCCGUAAGGCUAGAAGAAAGCAAGACAGACCACCUUAAGUUCAAGAGCCUUGAUGCCUGAACUACAAGUCACAGUUCCAGUAGGAGACACUAACACUAGUCUCCAACAUAGGAUGCUCUAUGUACUUCAAUGUGCUCAAGAGUUGAUGGUGAAUGGAAAUUCUGUCAUGCAGUAACUCUGAAUUAGCUAAGAAGAGCUAAUCAUAUAUUAAGUCCCUCUAGAAGACAAAACCACAAUUUCAUCCUUGGAAUCUAAAACAAACAUCUUCUUAGAAGGCAUGUUUGGAAUCACUUAAUACAGGUUUACUUGAGCAAAAUGAGCUCUUUCAGGAGGAAAUUCUCCCAAUCCUCAAAGCACAGAUCUAGAGCAGCAUGUUUGAGUGAGCAUGUAGCUGUUAAAGCUAGAACAUUCGUCCCCCAUACUAGCCACAGUCAAAUGCUCAAUGGCCACAGGUAGUUCCUGGAGGCUGUAUCAGCAAAGAAAUAGAACUAUCACCUCAGAAUUUCACUAUUUUUGACUCUUGAGAACAAACAAAUCUUGAGGUUUUAUUCCCAACUCUGCCUUGAAACUACUCAUAAAACUCUAAGAUUGGUAUCAGAAGUCUUAAGUCAUUCAAUGACUCUUUAAUGUCUAUAAAUAAAUAUCCCUUUUAACAAAACAUCACAAGCAGUGGUGGCAGCCGUCUUUAAUCCCAGCACAGGAGAGGCAGAGGCAGGUGGAUCCCUGAGUUCAAGGCCAGCCUGGUCUACAGAGCUUGUUCCAUGACAGCCAAGGCUAUACACCCCCAUCAUCUCACUGAGAGGGGUUGGCACACAUCUUUAAUCCCAGCACUGGUGAGGCAGAGGCAGGUGGAUCUCUGUGAGUUUCAGACCAGCUUGUUACACAUAGAAACCCUGUCUCAAACAAAAAUGCAUCACAGAAUGUUAAGAGAAAUUGUUAGAAACAACAUAAAAGGAUGUUAGAUCAAGCAGUAUCUGAAUUUUUCCAACUUAAACAAAAAUUAUUUCAUGUGCAUUGGUGUUUUUGCCUACAUGUAUAUCUGUAUGUACGAGGGUGUCAGGU